UGAUCUCAAAAACACAGACAUAACAGCAGGAGUGAUCUAACCUUCUACACCCUAAUAUUGCCGUGUUCACAACAGAGCGAGCAAAUAAAAGAACAGACAAUCACUGUUAGCUGAUUUUAAAGUGGAUUUCUGUGAGCAGGACCACUGAAAGCCAGCCAUGGAAGAACUUACGGCGUUCGUCUCGAAAUCUUUCGAUCAAAAACCCAAGGAGAGCACCAAGGAGACUAUCACGUACAGGGAAGUUUUGGAGAGUGGCUUGGCGAGAGCCAGGGAGCUGGGAAACUCGGAGACAAACCUCCAGGACAUUACUGAAACAAGCAACCACUGUCCGGUGCAUCUAUUCAAGGACCACGUAGAUCUUGAAAAGGAAAAACUGAAGGAGUUUAAUGUUACAAGGGCUUCUGAAGGGAUCUAUGAAUGCAAAGACAAGAAAGAGGACGUCAAAUCUGAGGAUGAGGAUGCACAGAGCAAAUUGAAGCAGAGACGAAGCCGGACGAAUUUUACGUUGGAGCAACUGAACGAGCUUGAGAGGCUGUUUGAUGAGACACACUACCCGGACGCAUUCAUGAGAGAGGAACUGAGCCAGAGGCUUGGACUGUCGGAGGCCCGCGUACAGGUGUGGUUUCAAAACAGGCGAGCGAAGUGUCGAAAACAAGAGAAUCAGAUGCACAAAGGCGUUAUUUUGGGAACGGCAAGUCACCUCGAAGCCUGCAGAGUCGCGCCAUAUGUCAACAUGGGGGCCCUAAGGAUGCCAUUCCAGCAGGUCCAAGCUCAGCUCCAGCUGGAGGGCAUCGCCCACUCCCACCCUCACCUCCACCCGCACCUGGCCGCCCACGCCCCUUACCUGAUGUUCCCGCCUCCGCCGUUCGGACUACCAAUUGCGUCGCUGCCGGACUCAGCCUCGGCUGCCGCGGCGGUGGCUGCUGCCAAGAGCAACAGCAAGAACUCCAGCAUCGCCGACCUCCGACUCAAGGCAGGACUUCUUGGAGGCCAGUGGCUCAACCCUUUCCAGUCUCACAUCACAACCCCAGGACCGUACAAACAUCUCUGGAUGUCUGUCUGAACAAACCUGCAUUUAAGAGAUGAGAAGACUUUUUUUUUUACCAAAAAGCAAAGCGAAAAAGAAACAAAAACAAACUUUGGGGGCAAAGAAAAACAAAAUGAAAAAAGAAUGAAACAAGCGGGCAACAAAGCUUGAGCUUUUGAGCCAACAGUGUAUGUAAUGGCAAGACUCUGGAGUGUUUGGAUGCCCUCGAUUACGUUACGAAACACACACACACACACACACACACACACACACACACACACACACACACACACACACACACACACACACACAUACACACAAAAAAGGCCUCCAUGUUCACCUCCGGCCACUGUGUUCUUUGUCACUGCUCACGGUUCAGUGCAUGUGCUAACAUGAGGAAAAGCACCAUCUGGGGCUGGUCUCCACUCUUACUGAGAUUUGCCCUCGUUAUUGUUUUGAUUACUGCCAUGACAAUUUCCCACUAUAUUUCUCAUCUAGUGCAAACUUUUUAGACACCCAUUUUCUUUUUUUUCUUUCUUUUUUGUUGUUGUUGCUGUGGACAGAGCUAGGAAGCAGCAAUAACACCAUGUGUAAAAAAAAAGAAAAACCCACAAAAUGAAAAAAAAAGAUAUUAGUUUUGGGGUAACUUAUUGUUAUUGUUAUUGUUAUUAUUAUUAUAAUUAUUAUAAUUCUGAUUAUAUUUUCUGGUUUGUUUGGGAACGUUAUAUUGCUGUAUUUUCUUCUGGGCAUGUCUGGAAGAGCUUUGCUUUUGAGUCUCCCUCUUGGCUUUCCUUUGGCUUUCGUUCGUUAAACUGUGCUGUGUCCUGGGAAUAGAAGUGAUGAUAGCCUUUGCACUUCAGGUCUUGUUUAAGGAGUUUACAAUCCGCACUGCAAGAAGAUACUACUUCUUAAAAGGGGGAGGGGGAAGGAAUAUGAAAACUUUUUUGUUGGGGGGUGGGGGGGUGUAAAGGGAUUACCGGUGAGGGUGUGUUUUUGUUGGGGGGGUGGGGUGGGGGGGUUUUCAUGUCAUCACAAAGGCAUUCAAAUGACACGUUUUAAAAGGAGAAAGGGUAACUGCAAUUUUGUAAUUUAGAAUAUCAAGGAGGCAUCAGUUAAACUGAAAUGCAAUUAUGUGCAGUUAAAGUGCAAUACUGUAAAUAUGAAAAAGUUAAAAUAGCGGUUAAAAUUGUUAAUGAUUAAUAAAAAAAUGAAAAGGACAGCGAUUUUCAGUCAUUUUUGGCACUGAUAUCGGUAUGUUAAACUUCUUUGCCAAACAGACACAAUUUCUUUUCUAGGCUGUGUGGUAAAUCAUCUGCAGAAGUUGAUGGUAUUCCAACAUAGUUUUUGUACAUUUUGAAGGAAACCAUGGCAACUCACUGAGUUUGACGAGGCAAUUCUGUUCUGAUCAGUGGCAGAGCUGCUAGGAUCAGGUAUCAUUGACAUCUCUGGUUUUAACAAGGGUAAAUGAAGUCCACCAAAGUUAACAUCCAACGCAGAAUUAUUUCAUAUGAUUUGGCUUUUAUCUUCUGCCAUUCUUUGCAGAGUAUCAUCGCUCUAUCAGGAUUGAAAACAUUUGAUCUGAAAGACAUGAAGUACAUUCUAGAGAAAAGUGUCUCUCUGCCACAGAAACAAGCAUGCUAGUCAUUAUUUUGUGAUCCAUUUGAAAAUAAGUGAAGACAAAUGGCAUUGUUUGCAACACUACUCUCAGUAUGCUACAAAUAACCAUACUAUUUGCAACACUACUCUCAGUAUGCUACAAAUAACCAUACUGUUUGCAAAUGCCUUCAAACCAGUAGAACCAAGAAAGGUCUACCUUCACCGGUAUGACACGUUAUGAUGCAUUUGCUCUCUCCGCCGCCUAUAGAGUUGUUUUAGUAAUGUUUUCAUUUUUUAAAUUAAAUCCAUGGGUGCUUUUAUUUAUUAUGUUGUCCGAAAGUUUAUGAAGGAAAAUAGUUGGACUACAAGUGUACAUUUUUACAUGGCUUUGCAUUUAUUUUUAUAUAUUUUUAAAUGUUAACAUUUUUUUCUUGCCACCAUUUUGAAUAGUGUGAUUGCGGAUGAUUUUUUUCAUUUUUUUUUCCGCCUAAAAUGUAGCGUGUCUGGGUUUACAAAACAUUUCAGGGAUGGUGGAUCAAACCAUAAGACCAUAAGCAUUUGUGUUGCGAUUUACGUAUACCGCUCCAUGAAAUUUGUUGUGACCCAUCAGUACUAUUAUCUGCAUUUCAUAUGCAAGCAUGCGUAAACAUGAUUCACCAUAGAGAUUGUUUUUUUUCUGCUGAUUCACAAAAUAUGAAUGUACAUCUUGUACAAGUAAACUAUCAAUAAAGUUAUAAAUAUUUGUAAUGGGGUUUUAUGACACUCUUCUGUAACUUCUGGAAAAAUAAACAACAUGAUUCUCUA